AUGGGCCCCCCCAACCCCUUUCUCUGCAUCUUGCGGCGCGCCGAACUCCGGCCCCGCGGAGACGGUUAUAAGGGCUGCGCGCGGAGAGGCGACGACCCCCCCAGCCCGCCUCUGCCCGCCGUUCCCUUUAAGAGCCGGCCCCGGCGGGACUACGUUUCCCAGAAGGCUUUGCUGGCGCGUUAUGUAACUUUCCCUGCGAAGCGGCCUCUGGGGCAGAAGAAGGAGGUGGAGGCGGCGGCGGCCGUUGCAGCGGCGGCGGGCCUUGCUUGGCUCCAUGCCUGGCUUGAUGCCCCCUGGGCUGCUGGCAGGGCCACAUCAUCGGGCCGCCUCCCCCUGCCCUCGCCCGCCCUGGAGUACACUCUGGGGUCCCGCCUGGCCAAUGGGCUGGGCCGUGAGGAGGCCGUGGCUGAGGGGGCGCGAAGGGCCUUGCUUGGCUCCAUGCCUGGCUUGAUGCCCCCUGGGCUGCUGGCAGCUGCAGUGUCUGGCCUGGGAAGCCGAGGCCUGACGCUGGCACCCGGCUUGAGUCCUGCCCGUCCCCUCUUCGGCUCCGAUUUCGAGAAAGAGAAGCAGCAGAGGAAUGCGGACUGUCUGGCAGAACUGAACGAGGCCAUGCGGGGCCGGGCAGAGGAAUGGCACGGGCGCCCCAAAGCAGUGCGGGAACAGCUACUGGCGCUGUCCGCCUGCGCCCCGUUCAAUGUGCGCUUCAAGAAGGAUCACGGGCUGGUGGGGCGAGUGUUCGCCUUCGAUGCUGCUGCCCGUCCUCCAGGAUACGAAUUCGAGCUGAAGCUCUUCACCGAAUACCCCUGUGGUUCCGGCAAUGUGUAUGCUGGCGUCCUGGCGGUGGCUCGCCAGAUGUUCCACGAUGCUCUGCGGGAGCCGGGCAAGGCACUGGCUUCUUCGGGCUUCAAGUACCUCGAAUAUGAACGCCGGCAUGGCUCAGGAGAAUGGCGGCAGCUGGGCGAGCUGCUUACCGACGGCGUCCGCAGCUUUCGCGAGCCAGCUCCCGCGGAGGCCCUGCCCCAGCAGUACCCAGAGCCUGCCCCUGCGGCUCUCUGUGGCCCACCACCGCGAGCCCCAUCCCGGAACCUGGCGCCCACGCCGCGCCGUCGCAAGGCAUCCCCCGAGCCGGAGGGCGAGGCGGCUGGGAAGAUGACCACCGAGGAGCAGCAACAACGGCACUGGGUGGCACCUGGAGGUCCGUACUCCGCUGAGACCCCUGGUGUGCCCUCGCCCAUUGCCGCCCUGAAGAAUGUGGCCGAAGCCCUGGGCCACUCACCCAAGGACCCUGGCGGAGGUGGAGGGCCUGUGCGUCCAGGGGGCGCCAGCCCUGCAGCCUCCUCCACUGCCCAGCCGCCAACCCAGCAUCGCCUUGUGGCCCGCAACGGUGAAGCAGAAGUCAGUCCCACAGCGGGGGCCGAAGCUGUCAGCGGGGGUGGCGGCGGCACUGGGGCGACCCCUGGGGCUCCCCUGUGCUGUACCCUGUGCAGGGAGCGGCUAGAAGACACCCACUUCGUCCAGUGCCCCUCGGUGCCCGGACACAAGUUCUGCUUUCCCUGCUCCCGGGAGUUCAUCAAGGCGCAGGGCCCGGCCGGGGAGGUAUACUGCCCGAGCGGAGACAAGUGCCCGCUGGUCGGCUCCUCCGUGCCCUGGGCCUUCAUGCAGGGCGAAAUCGCCACCAUCCUUGCUGGAGACAUCAAGGUUAAGAAAGAACGGGACCCCUAGGCUACCACUGCCUCCAGGCUACUGCCCUCUGCCCUUUUGCCAUCCACCGCUGACGCGGAUAAAUUAUUCCCUCCCCGACCCAGCCCAGUGCCACCCCUAUCUGUGUACAUACUCCCUUCCUCCACCCAGAUGGGUCCCCUGGGGUAGAUGCAUUGUGGGUGGGGGGAGAAAGCUUGUGGCUCCUGUCCGAGGGGAUAUUUGGGGUCCCUUGGCCCCUCCAGUUUCCCUCUGUCCUUGGCUUGGCUUUGCUGCUGCUUGUAGUUGGGGGAGAGGUGCCCCCCUCCUCCUUGAGAAGGGACCUCCUGAAAAUUCGCUCUUUAUAAACGAGGCAAAAGCAUUUUAUUGCCCCCCCUCUCCCGCCCCCUUCUGCUCCUUCAAUAAACCGAAAGAUGGGUUGUUUUUUUU